AACACAAAGAAGCGGUUCAGUAACCCGGAAUUUAAACGCGAAAAGGCUUUGUCAGUGUAUAGGUGCAUAUGCUUAUUCAAGGUCCCAAUGCAGUGACACUUCCUAUGUCACCAUGGGCGUUCCGGGGCUAGUCCUCUGCAUGAUCUGGCUAACUGGUUUUACCUCUAUAACUGAUGCUGCUGCAGUAAUCGCCACCAGCAGGCGGGUCCCUGUGGCUGGGGUCAACUUGACUAUUUCCUGCACAUUCGACGUAGCAUUUACACACAUUGCUCGCUUCUACAAGUCUAGUUCCAUCCAGGGCGGGUGUUUUCCGGCAUCAGGCCGAUGUGGAUCUGGCUUCCCUGAGUACUCUGUGACUCAAAGCAAUUCCUCGAGAGAGAUGCAUCUCUACAUCCAGUCAGUGGACCCAGUGCGAGACAAUGGAACAUGGACAUGUAACGCAGGGGGGGAUCUAUUUUCUAAUUCCAUCCCCUUGUCUCAGUUUGCAUCUGUACUUGACUGGGACCUGGUAACCUACACUCCUCGGCUGACGUCUCUCCCCUCCUCCGUGACACCAGACGGAAACAUCAGCAUCAGCGUCACCGCGCCAUGUGCUGAUCCUGCUGCUGUCAUCACGUGGACGUAUCAACAGAGAGGCCUCCUUCCCAGCAGGACAUCUUCCUCCCAGGGUUCUUGUCCCUCAGGCCAGGUCCAGACCACCAACACCCUGUCUCUAUCAGGGAACACAGCCAGUCUAUAUAACAGGACGAUCUCCCUGACAGUCACAGUGGAACAUGACUCGUUUGACCCUCCCACAUACACAAGGUCAAGAUCGACUGGGGCAAUACAAUUUCCUGUACCCGUCUCGUCUGUGACAUUGGCAAACAUCACUUCUGACAAUGAAGAGCUGGCAAUAGCUGAAGGACAACAUUUGACCUUGACCUGUGUGACCUCCCCAGGUUUCCCCAACCCCACAGUGACCUGGUCCGGACUUCGCGCUGUUGUAGGGUUGUCUACUGACACCGUGGCGACAUCUGGUGUCCUGGCACAGACAACAAGCACUGUCACUGCCACUAUAAGCAGGGCAGAUCAGGGGGGAAUAACUCGCUGUGAAGCUUCUAACGUCAACGGUCAGACAUCAGCACGGUCAAAAAGGGCAAUACUUGAGGUUUUGUAUGCACCUGAUAUAGUCUUCCAUCCAGUCGAGGUCAACGAGGGGCAAACGUUGGUUCUAACUUGUGAAGUGGAUGGUCGUCCGACUAACUACAACUUCAGGAGUUUCUCUCAAUACUGGAUGGAAAACCUAGUCGGUAUAGUACCAGGUAGACAAUCUGCGAACAGCUACACGUUGGUAAUCCCUGAUGCCAGCUACACUGACGACGGCGUGUACGAGUGCAGCGUUGACAACGGAGUCAAGGAUGCUAAUAACACCGUAGUUCAGAGAAAACGUGUCAGCGUCAUUGUGAAUGCAUAUCCCAAGUUUACCCCUGACGCUGAAGGGAACGUUUCUGCAGAACCGGGGCAAGACGUUACAUUGGAACAGACAUUUUACAGCAGCAGCAUGAACUAUUCGUCCGUCAACUGGACAUCACCUGGUGGUUUAGUUGUGUCCGAGGGUGAAGUCAGAUCUGUAAUGGUAACGUUGAGAAGGAACAAUCUGAAGGCUUUACGCAGCGGCUUUGUUGUGUCCACUGUUGUGAGACGCGUUCAGCCGGCUGAUGCAGGGGAGUAUGUCGUGUCUGUGUGCAACGCCCGGGGAUGCACCCAGUCAUCCGUAUCACUCUCAUUGGCAGGUCCACCUCGGGUUCCACUCGAUCUUCAAAUAGUUGCAACAACCUCUACCAGUAUCAUUGUAAAGUGGAAGCCAAACUCUCCUGGUGGGGACUUCACACAGACCUUCUCCCUGUAUUACCGGGUACCUGGGGGUGGCGCCUGGGGGGUGAGGAGCUUCAGUGAUAACCCGGGUGGGUUUGUGUAUGCCGAGAUACCACAACUAACCCCCGGAACCGUCUAUGAGAUGAAACUUCUGUCUCGUAACGACUGGGAAGGAAACAACACCAGUCCUUUCACCGAGGCCAUAUCUUCCAAAACAUCAGAUGCAUGCACACGUACAUCUCCUGUAGCGGUCAUUGGGCUCGGAGUUGCACUUGGACUAUCUUCUGUGCUCAUUAUUGGAUUAACUAUACCCCUAGUUAAGUCAAAACGUCAGUCUUUCGCCAAAACUAAAGAAACAGCUUCUGACGUUCAAGAUGACAGCCAAAGGCACCAGAACCCCGGCAUGCCAACCUACUCCACCCUGCAACAAGAUCAGGACAACACAAACACCUAUGAAAUGAUUCAACCCCAAGGUGCAACAACAGGUGUUCAAGCAGAGACAACGCACUACAUAAACACCAGUCACAGCGGUACAACUGUGUAUGAAAAUUGACCAUCGUUAGAAAAUCUUAAAUAGAAGAUAUUUGUUGUUGAAAAGUAUCGAAUCCCGGACGGGACUCAACCCCCUAAAAGUACGAGAAUCUGUACUUUACUAAGAAAGUGUUAUCCCAAAUAUAACAUUUGUUACAUUUGACCACUUUCUACAUGGCAUUGUGUAUUCAUUGAAAAGUAUUGUUUUACAAGCACAAGAGACCAAACAUUCUCAUACUUUCUUUAUUCCAUGUAGUUAUGUAUGCAAAUUGUGUGAAUGGCGGGUGCUAUCGUUGGGGGAGGACGUACUUACCCUAUUCGCUGGUGUCAUCACUGAUUUUCAGUGAUCUAUGCUUAUACUUUUCACUGCGUUUGCGUUUUACGCCCUAUGGAAUCUGUGUCGGCGGAUACUCAAGACUGAUUAUUUUCUUGCAUUGAAGUUAUAUAUACAUAUGAUGUAUCCUCAUUGUAAUAAAGCUUCUGUUUUUUA